AUGCUUUCUUUGUUGAAAGCACUGCUUAACCCCGCAUCAUCAUCUCACACUCGUCGUUGGAAAAAUUAUCGUCAGAAAUUUAUGCGAAACUACUCCAGGUUACCAGCCAUUGAAGAAGAAGAUGGGAGUGUUGAUGUGAAAAACCGGAUGAAUUUUGGAAAUGAUGUCAGUGAACAUGUGAACGACGAUGAUGAAGAUGAUAAUACUGACGAUGAUAGUGACGAUGACGAUCGUGAUCAUGCAGAUAAAACUACCAGAAAUGCAAAGCUGACCAUGCUGACACGAAUUGAAAAUCAACAAAUUAAGAAAAGUUCUGUCAUCACAGUCACCGCAAUUUUUUCAACACUGCCUGGAGUCACAUGUCUCGGGAACUUGGCCCUAGGCAGACCUGCAACAAGCAGUUCCACUCUUGGAUCGAACGUGCCAUGUGAUCCAGACAAAUUAGUCGACGGAGAUGCAAAUCCUACGUUAACAGCGGGACACUGUUUCCACUCAAACGAUCCUGCUGGUGGUCCGAACUGGGCAGUUGUCGACCUGGUCAGUGAUUAUUACGUCGAUGUUGUCAACCUCUUCUCCAGAGACUGCAACGUUGCUAGACUGGAUAAUUUUAUAAUCGGCCUCACUUCCGUGAACUAUUUCCCGAAUGGAUCAGAAGUAGUGAGAGGUUCCUACCCACUGUGUGGUCAGUACAAGUACAAGGCAGUGGUUAGUAGCAAGUUAACAUUGAAAUGUUACGCCAACUUGCCAUCGUAUCGCUACGUUAUUGCGCAACAACCUAUUAGUGGCACUGGUUGGUUCACAAUUUGUGAGUUGGAAGUUUACGCUGCUAAGAACCCAAACGGCAAGAUGAGAUGUCUGAUUGGAUGUCUGCCAGGCCAGUGUGAUUCGAUUAACUUCAGCGGAACAGUUUGCGAACUGAACACUCAUCUGCGUGGCUACAACAGAAGUUAUUUGAAGGUGAACACCAGCCCUGGCUGGAGUUUCUACGAGGUUCAAUAUGUUUGA